AGACGAUCCAGUCCGGCCCAAGUCCGACAGUCGAGCCAAUUGCGACGAAUAUAAAAGAUACAAGGCCCGACGAAGCCCUGACAGCAACAGUGACUCUUCAAACGAAAGCAGCGGGUACAGAAGUGGAUCAAGCGCUUACGACUUCAGAUCUGAUAGGUCGUCUAAAAGCGACUAUUAUUGUACGUCCUUGUACAAGAACGAUCAUUACAGAGACGUCAACAAGGAAUUGUACAAGCCAGUAAAAAUACCUAAAGAAAAACGCUACAAGGUGCAAUUAUUUGAGGUCAACGACGAGGAAAUAAAAAGUGCUCGCCUAAAAGGCUACCUCAACGACACAGAGAAAGCUAAACUUAAAGCCGGGCCGACGCAAAAGAAAGCCGGAAUACGAAACUACACGCCUAAGAUUCUGUCUGAAAACGAGCAAAGAUCGAAGAUAGAGGGCUGGAUUUAGUAAGCGGAGUAUAGUAUAAGUUGUAUAUAGUUAGUUAGUAGAUGAAUUUGGAAGGUGAGGAUGGAGGCGGCCGGAGCGCUCGCGAGCUUAGCGCCCUCGCCUAUCACCGUGCUGGGCCUGAUACCACUCCUGGCACUUGGGAUCACGUACUUCAGAUACCAGCAAUACGAUCCGGAGUCAUACAUCACGGACAUCAAUGCUAUAAUGCCGAUUUACGACUUUGUGAUAGUGGGCGGCGGAUCGGCAGGCGCGGUUGUUGCCUCGCGACUGUCAGAAAUCGGCAACUGGACCGUGCUGCUGCUCGAGGCAGGACAGGAUGAGAGCGAGAUCUCCGACAUCCCUGCGCUGGCCGGUUACACACAACUCUCCGACAUGGAUUGGAAGUUCCAAACAACGCCUUCCAACAACCGCUCCUACUGCCUCGCUAUGAACGGCGACCGAUGUAACUGGCCGCGCGGCAAGGUUCUCGGCGGUUGUAGCGUCCUCAAUGCUAUGGUUUAUGUUAGAGGAAAUCGAAACGACUACGAUUUGUGGGAAGCGCUAGGUAAUCCCGGAUGGUCGUACGAUCAAGUUCUACCGUAUUUCUUAAAGUCCGAAGAUAAUCGAAACCCAUAUCUUGCCGAUACUCCAUACCAUUCGACCGGAGGAUACUUAACAGUACAGGAAGCUCCGUGGCGUACACCUCUGUCAAUAACUUUUCUCAAAGGCGGUAUGGAACUGGGUUACGAAUUUCGUGAUAUAAACGGUGCGAAACAAACCGGUUUUAUGUUGACCCAAGCGACCAUGCGCCGUGGCAGCCGAUGUAGCACGGCUAAAGCGUUUCUCCGACCGGUCCGUCAGCGAAGUAACCUGCACAUCGCUCUAGGAGCGCAAGUAACAAGGAUUUUAAUCAAUCCCGCUAAGAAACAAGCUUACGGCGUGGAAUUUGUUCGAAACGGUGAACGACAGAAGGUACGCAUAAAGAGAGAGGUUAUAAUGUCCGCUGGCGCUCUGGCUACACCAAAGCUGCUGAUGCUGAGCGGCAUCGGGCCCGCAGAUCAUUUGAGAGAGCACGGAAUACCACUCAUCGCAAAUCUAAAAGUCGGUCAUAAUUUGCAAGAUCAUGUCGGACUGGGCGGUUUAACGUUCGUCGUCAAUAAACCGGUGACUUUCAAAAAGGACCGUUUUCAAACGUUCGCGGUUGCAAUGAACUACAUAUUAUAUGAAAAAGGUCCAAUGACUACACAAGGCGUGGAGGGGCUGGCCUUUGUAAAUACUAAGUACGCCCCACCGUCGGGCAAUUGGCCGGAUAUACAGUUUCAUUUCGCUCCAAGUUCAGUGAACUCUGAUGGCGGUGAACAGAUCAGAAAGAUUUUGAAUUUACGUGAUAGGGUUUAUAACACUGUAUACAAACCUAUAGAAAACGCGGAGACUUGGACCAUACUACCUCUCCUAUUGCGGCCAAAAAGCUCGGGUUGGGUGAAGCUUAAGAGCAAAAAUCCAUUCCAUCCACCGUCGAUAGAGCCCAAUUAUUUUGCUUACAAGGAAGAUAUUCAAGUUCUAACAGAGGGUAUAAAGAUAGCUUUUGCGCUAUCUAAUACGACGGCAUUCCAGAAAUAUGGGUCUCGACCUCAUAACAUUCCAAUGCCAGGUUGUGCGCACCUUACUCUUUUUAGUGAUGAAUACUGGGAAUGUAGUUUAAAACAUUUUACGUUUACAAUUUACCAUCCGACUGGAACAUGUAAAAUGGGACCAAAACACGAUCGUGAUGCGGUAGUUGAUCCCAGAUUGAGAGUCCAUGGCGUUGCCAAUUUACGUGUGGUUGACGCGAGCAUCAUGCCAACUAUUAUUAGUGGUAAUCCUAAUGCUCCCGUAAUUAUGAUAGGCGAAAAGGCGUCAGAUAUGAUCAAAGAAGACUGGCUUGUGUUGUGACAAAAUUGACGCGUUUGUAAAAUUAGUCAAAGUAAAAAACUAUUUUUCUCAAAAUACUUGUAAGUUGUUGACUGUAAACAAAUUUAUUUAAGUAUGUAAAUGUAAAUAUUUAAAUAACUUCUAGUGUGUAAGUUCGAUUCUAAAUGUAUAGUCAUUUGGAGUUAACAUGACUACAUCAAUAGACAUUCGCUAGUGAUGAAUACUUUAAUUAUAAUUAUACGGUUACUCGUUAAUUUUAAAUUUGUACAAAAUAUAUAAGAAUAUAUUUGUGUUAU